AGCGCUUACUAUCACCGACGUCGGAUAACCACCAACAUCAACAACUUGAAACCCCCACCCUCUCUGCAACUGACACUAGUUAUACCAAACAAACUUUGAUACCAGUCCAACACCUACUCGAUAUACCAGAACCAUUUAACCAUUCACUCCCAGUCACUGCGUGUGCGAUAAAUGAUGGAUACUAGGAAUCAAGACCCGGAGGAAUUGUAUGUCAAACAAGACAGAAUCGGGAAGGGAUCCUUUGGAGAAGUUUACAAAGGGUAUGACAAACGAACUCAGAAGACCGUCGCCAUCAAGAUCAUAGAUCUUGAAAGCGCAGAAGAUGAGAUAGAGGACAUACAGCAAGAGAUCCAGAUUCUAUCACAGCUAGACUCACCACACGUCACCAAAUAUCAUGGAUCCUUCCUCAAGGGUUCGAAUCUCUGGAUAGUCAUGGAAUACUGCUCGGGCGGCUCGUGUUCCGAUCUGAUGAAACCCGGCGUAUUUCGGGAAGAGUAUAUCGCAAUCAUCGUCCGAGAGCUUCUUCGCGGACUUGACUAUCUGCACACAGAGGGCAAGCUUCAUCGGGAUAUCAAAGCUGCCAACAUACUGCUUUCCGCAGGAGGUGAUGUCAAGCUUGCCGACUUUGGCGUGUCGGGGCAGCUUUCUGGAACACUGUCCGCCAAGAAGAACACUUUUGUCGGCACGCCAUACUGGAUGUCGCCCGAAGUAAUCAAACAGAGUGGUUAUGACCAUAAAGCAGAUAUAUGGAGCUUGGGUAUAACUGCAAUUGAACUAGCAAAGGGAGAGCCACCCUAUGCAGAGCUCCAUCCGAUGAAGGUGCUAUUCUUGAUACCCAAGAACCCCCCACCGCAGCUGGACAGUCACUUCUCCAAGCCAUUUCGAGACUUUGUUGCGUAUUGUUUGCAACGGGAUCCCCGCGAUCGCCCGACGGCACGCGAGCUGUUAAAGCACAAGUUUGUUCGUAUGGCAAAGAAGACUAGUUACCUCACAGAACUAAUCGAGAGGCAUGAGCGAUGGAAGGCCGAGGGUGGAGAUCGCGUGGAGGAAGAGGAACAAGUUGUCAAUCAAGAAUUGCCUGCAAACGCUGACCUAGAAGAUCUCUGGGACUUUGGUACUGUUCGACACACAGGACGGUCGGGGACGAUUGGGCGUGCACAAAACUCGAUCAAGGUGUCUGGUCCCCCCCUAACAUGGGAGAUGAAUGGAUCUUCUCGUGAGGCGUCAUCCUCUUCCUCGAUCACAGCGAAAAAGGCGUCCGGGUCAUCGUUAAGGUCCAAGACUGAGCUGCCGCCGUUACCUUCGUCCCCUCCGCUGGUGCCAGCGUCUGCACCACCCGCUCGAGCACCAAGCGUGUAUGAGCAAGCCACCGUGAGACACAUGCCGAGUGGAGGGCCCAGCAACGAGACACAAACUGGCCACGAGCGGGAGUCUUCUGAUGAAGAUUAUGAUGACCAGUACUUGGACACUUAUCCUAGAGGCGCGUCUGUUCAAGAGAAACAGCAUGAACCAGAGGACGAUGAGUUACCUGAUACUACUAUGCUUGAUUCUGUCAUAUUACCCGCAAUAGCUUCGCUAUUCCCUCGAGUAUCGACACAGGAAGCGCGAGUCGCGCUGAGCGCCCUACAACGGGCAUUCAAUGAGGCUGAGCGCAUCAUUCCAGGUGUGACUAUGGAACUGGUGAACGAGAUUGUAGAUUCCGUGGAGCGAGUAGAGGAUGAUCACCAGCAGUAGGUUAACAUACCACUGACAUUGUGAGAUCUUGAUUUGCAGUCAUUUGUUCCUUGCUUUCGUUGCUACAUUCUUAGGACGCUCUCACCCCACAAAUACGAACCCACAGAUGCAUUCACCCCAUCUUACCACACCGAUCCGUGAUGUACAGCAUAUAUAUCAUGUAGCUCUUAUUAGCAUGAAUGAAGAGUGUGAAGUGCCAAUGAAUUAUACG